AUGGAAGCCAUCACCAUGGAAUAUCAAGGUCAUCAACACUUGAAAAAGGUGAUAGGGAAGCAAAACCGUGAUCUAUCCGAUGAAAGGGUCGCGUUACCAGCGAUUAUCAGUCGGGCUAAAGCUGCUGGUUUGAAGCUCAUCAAAUCGAUAGAUAAUGACAGCAUUAAUGAGAAAGUGGAAGACCCGGUGGCGUUCUUCGGCACAAAGUUCACUGACAAAAAUUUUGAUCAACGAAUCAAAAAAAUGACGCUGUUCGAAAGCGCCCGAUCUUCGAUCCACGCGUAUUUCGAGGCUGAGACAUAUCACAAGCCUAGUGAACGCGCGUUAGAAAGAGCAUAUGAUAUGGUCAUUGCUAUCCUGUCAGAGAAUCUAAAGCCUCUUGACUUCGUUAAACAGAUCAACGUGGCUGGAAGGAGUAAGAUUCCCGGAGUACAAAAGUUAGCAGAAAGCCAGAUUCGUAGAUUCCUUCAUAAUUGGAUCGCUACAGCCAAAGUUCUCACAGGCAACGAGAAUCCGACGGGAAUUGGCGAAAUCCUGCUUGACGAGAAGAAUUACACCAACAAAUUCAACGUUGCAACGCUUAAUUUGCUUCAAUCUGGAAGCCCGUCAGCAGCAUACGGGAUGAAGUGUUUGUUGAUGAUGUUCACGAAGAAUACUGCAACAACAAUUUUGGAAAGUGUAGCGCUUCUGGUCCGACUUUCGGAACUUCAACACGUUAAAAUUGGGAUAUCGGCGACCAAGCUUGCUUCUCGGCCAAAAACAUAG